CUCCAACUCCACCACUACCAAUUUCGCUGCCGCUCUCCUACCCCCUUUGCAUCUCCUCCUAACCUCUCCCGCUGCUACAGCGCUCUUUGCGCCCUCAUCCCCUCCCCCGCCGACGGCCUGCACCCCGCGCCUUCGACUCCGCCAACCAAACCCGGCCCAGCCGCGAAGAUCUAGGGUCACAGACAAACACCCGCCCGCUAUGGCACGACCGCGGAAAGACGUUAAGUUCCAACACCGGGGAGGCGCAGCCAACGGAAAGGCGCGAAGACCCAGCACUAGCAUGUCAGAAAUCAGCGAGAAUGCUUCAGAGCCGGGCAGUCCCACGCGCAACGGCGCCUCCCACAAGAUAAAGCCUGCCUCGCCCGAACCCCCGCCGCAAUCAGAGUAUGAGAAGAAGAAGCAGAACUUCAUCACUCGCACAAUCUGGACUUUCAUCAUGAUCGGCGGUUUCUUCUGGUCCAUGUUUGCCGGCCACAUCUACAUCAUCAUUGUCGUGACCGCCGUCCAGAUCAUAUCUUUCAAAGAAGUCAUUGCUAUUUCGAACGUCCCCAGCCGCGCGCGGAGUCUGCGCUUUACCAAGACGCUCAACUGGUAUUUUCUCGGCACCACCAUGUAUUUCCUCUACGGCGAGAGCGUCAUCUACUACUUUAAGCAUAUCUUGUUGGUCGACAAGAUCCUGCUCCCCCUUGCUACCCACCACCGAUUCAUAAGCUUCAUGUUGUACAUCAUUGGCUUCAUCUUCUUUGUCAGCUCCCUGCAAAAGGGACACUAUAAAUUUCAAUUCACCCAAUUUGCGUGGACUCAUAUGGCCCUGUUCUUAAUUGUCGGCCAAGCCCACUUUGUCAUCAAUAACAUCUUCGAAGGCAUGAUUUGGUUCUUCCUGCCCGUGGCAAUGGUCAUCACCAAUGAUAUCUUUGCCUACAUUUGCGGCAUCACUUUUGGCCGGACGCCUUUGAUCAAGAUCUCGCCUAAGAAGACGUGGGAGGGUUUCUUGGGCGCGUGGUUCUUCACCAUCAUCUUUGGGAUUGGCGUCACACACAUCAUGAUUCGUUACAAAUAUUUUAUCUGCCCAGUGAAUGACCUCGGUGCAAACCUCUGGACUGGGCUAGAAUGCAAGCCGAACCCGGUCUUCAUUCCUCGCAUGUUCACUCUACCCGUGCCCUUGCCCGAAUGGACGCAAUUGCCGAGCCGGUUUUCCAUUGCUCCUGUUCAAUUCCAUGUUUUCGUCCUCGCAACGUUUGCUUCACUAAUUGCCCCCUUUGGUGGCUUCUUUGCCUCUGGACUCAAGCGCACGUUCAAGAUUAAAGAUUUCGGUGACUCAAUUCCUGGCCACGGAGGAAUGACGGACCGCAUGGACUGUCAGUUCAUCAUGGGCUCCAUUGCCUUCAUGUACUACUCUAGCUUCAUUGCUAUCCACACGACAAGUGUGGGUGGCAUUAUUGAGUCUGCCAUUACCGGCUUGACUCCCGAGGAACAGAUGGAGGUCGUUAAGGGGUUGAGCAAGCAUUUGGUCAACCAGGAGAUUAUCUCACCCAAGGUUCUCGAAUACCUCAGUGGACAAUUAAGAAGAAGGUGAAGGCGCCGUUCACGCUGAUUGCCGUUCGGAUCAUGCCGUUCUGCCGUGAGUUUAGUGCAUUGAAGCACAACAGUCCUCGGUCAGAAGGAUUUUGGGUUAGACAUAAUAUGUGUAAUGUUUGGUUGGGGCAUUGGGCACUUGCCCCCUUUGGACUUCUCUGUAUAUACCCUUUUCUUCACUUGGCUUGUCGUUAUUUUCCUUUCUGUUUGGGGUAGUUAGCAGGUCUUCUGGGUGAAAGUUAUCUGAGUAGCAUUUCUUAGGCCCUGCGGAUUCAGGGGAAAAU